AUGUUAGAAGAAGAGAAGAGAGAAAAUAACAAAAUAGAAGAAGGCAACAAAAUAAAAGAGCGAACACGCGAGGAAAAAAACAGAACAGCGUACAAAGUAGUCAAUGAAACACUUCUGAGAGAGCAUGCUUUUUGGUCAAAGGAGCCACUGGGCAAAAAACAAACAGAUUUCAAAGAUAGUAAAAAAGAACAAACAACAACAAAAGAUGCCCAGCAAAAAAUAGUGGUAGAUGGUGCUCCUGGCAGGGACACAUCAGAGCUCUCUCUAAGGACCGUGGAGAUACCCAGCGAGCUUUCUUCUGUGACUGCCCUGCUGAUGAACCACUACAUAGAAGACUCUACAGCCAGCUUUAGCCUCCAGUACUCUCAAGAGUUCCUCAAGUGGCAGCUCAGCUCGCCAAGCGUCUUCCCUGGGUGGAACGUAGGGAUGUACGAUGGCUCUGAGCUGGUGGGGUUUAUAUCUGCAGCGGCUAUUAACAUCAGAAUCAAGGAGAGCAGGCCAAAGACAGCGGUUGUUAACUUUCUGUGCAUCCACAAGGAGUACAGAAAAAGAAGACUCGCGCCUGUUCUCAUCAAGGAAGUAACCAGGAGAGUAAACGAGGAGGGGAUCUACACUGCUUUAUUUACAUCUGGCGAGAAAUUGCCAUAUAUUUUUACAAGAUCGCGGUACUACCACAAAAUACUCAGAAAAGGAGAUUUGGUUGAAAGCGGGUUCUGCCACCCCGAAGAUGUGUCCAACAUAACAAAAGACAUGCUAUCACAGGACUCGCCAACUGUGCACUUCAGAAAGGCUGCUGACUCUGAUCUGCCGCACAUAUUCGAAAUGUACUGCGAUAAAUACAGUAAAAUGGACAUAUCUGCAAACUACACGUACGAGCAGUUUGAGUACUAUGUGUACAACAGGGACAGAGUGUCUGAUCUGUUGAUAAGUGAUGAUGGAAGCGAGUUUGUGUCGAUUUUUUAUCUGGAUACAAGAUCAGCCAAAACAGAUAGCCGGAUAAAAACAGCGUAUCUCUCGUACCACAAUAUGAAGAAUGGCACAGGGAGUAUGCUCGGUCUUGUAGACUACCUGCUGAAAAUGGACGAGUGCGAUGUGCUCAAUGCCCUAGAAAUAGAGCACAACACAGAAAGUUUACUGCGCAGUGUGGGAUUCAUAAAGGGUGACGGAGUGAUAAACUACUAUCUCUUCAACUGGGACACCGAGAUCAUCCCUGCAUGUAGAAACAGUUUUAUCACAAGCUAA